AUGCCUACAAUAUUAAGCAAAGUGGAUAAACUUUAUUUACUAACGAUUGGUGCCGUUGGUCUUUGCUUGAUCAUCAAAUAUUACAGAAGAAAACGAUUUGAACAAAAGAAAAGAACAAGCGGCUACUUGGAAUGUCAUUCUCUUGAUGAUUUUGAAAACUUAGCUAAAGAAAUAUUAUUACCUCAUCGUUUCAAUUAUUUUAAUUAUCAAGUUGGUUAUGGUUGCACAUAUCAAACUUCUCGAGAAUAUUUUAAUCGCCAUCUGAAAAUUAUACCAAAAGUGUUAACUGAUGUGAGCGAAAUGUCAUUGCAAACAACAAUAUUCGGUCAUAUAUAUAGCAAUCCAAUAAUCAUAGCACCAACAGCAUUUCAUCGACUAGCACAUUAUGACGGCGAAUGGGGUACGGCACAAGGUGCAACAAAUGCUGAAUCAAUUUAUAUAUAUAAUUGGAGUUUAUCGACUGUAUCAGUAAACGAUGUACUCAAGACAAAAGGUCCUAAAUGGCUACAUGUUUAUUUAUCAUCUUCAAAAGCAUUACUUGAACAAUGCAUAUUAUUAGCUGAACAACAGUCAUUCAAAGCAAUCGUUGUUACAUGUGAUCAUCCACAUGAACGAGUUCAGUCAAUUCAUAAAGCAGCGUUCAUUCGAGCGACUGAACGUAAACAAGAUAAGACAUUGAAAGAAAUAUUGUACACACCUAAUACCAAUAUUGCAAGAUUGAAAGCUGAUGAGAGAUUAGAUGACCAUACACCAAAUGAAAAGUUAACAUGGAAGGAAUUUCAAUGGUUAAGAACGUUAACAAAAUUGCCCAUAAUUUGCAAAGGUAUUUUAUCUGUAGACGAUGCAAAAUUAGCUUUAGAAUAUGGUGCCGAUGGAAUUGUGGUCAGUAAUCAUGGUGGCCGCCAGGUAGAUAGUGGACUAUCAGCUAUUGAAUGUUUGAAAGAUAUUGUAGAAUUCGUUAAUGGUCGUUGUGAAGUAUUUGUUGAUAGUGGCAUACGAACUGGAACAGAUGUUUUGAAAUGUUUAGCUUUGGGUGCUAAAGGUGUUCUUAUUGGCCGUCCUAUUUUGUAUGGUCUGGCAUGCGGAGGCCAUAAUGGUGUGGAAGCCGUACUUAAUUUAUUAAAACAGGAAUUGAUGUAUGAUAUGGCUAGUUGUGGUCUCAAAAGAAUUGAACAAAUCAAUGAACGAAUACUAUACAAAUAUCGUCAAUGA